CGGACCGCCAUCCUUCGUCUCCCUGUCGCCGCUGGGUCCGCCGUCGACCAUGGUCCUCGCAACCAAAACCACCCUUGGCAGUCUCGCCCUGCUUGCCUCGGCAGCCGGACUUGCUGCUGCCAAGUGCUCUGCUCCUCCGCCCGCCCCCUCGGCCACGGGAAUCGCUGCGGCUGUGCUGCCCAGCAACGACGUCCCCUCGGUCGACGACCCCAAAGUCCACUGGCCCAAUGUGACCGAAUACUUCCCAUCGCAGCCCGCUACGGAUUCGCUUGUCCCUCUUGACUCCAGUCAGCUCGACUCUAGCGCCAAAGAUGCCAUCCAGACGACCCUGGGUGUCAACUCCACCCAAUACCAGUUGAUUGGAAGUGCCACCGAUCCCCAUAACCAGAUUACCCAUGUGUACGCCGUCCAACUUGUCAACGGCCUCCCGGUCGUCAACGCUGCCGCAAACGUCAACCUCGACGCUGCCGGAAACGUGAUAUCACUUGGCUCGACCUUUGGUAGCUCCGAAAAAAACGUCACCACCCUGACCCGUCGCGCUUCGUCUCUCAACAUUACCGAAGCCCUCGUCCAUUUUGCCCAAUAUAUCAACGUCAACCUCACAACCUCCACUCUCAAGGUCAAUUCGAGUGCCGAUGGUCAAAGCGGCACCAUUAAUGGAGCUGCUCAAGCUCUCUCCCCAGUCAAGUUUUCGCUCGGAUAUUUCCAGACCCCGACCGAAUACGUCAGGGUGUGGGACAUCUCUUACCAGCUCGCCGACCAUUGGUGGAACGGUUUCGUCUCAGUCGCUGACGGAAGCCUCCUCGGUCUCGGCGAUUGGGUGUCGUCCUUUGCCAAGCGUGCCAUACCGGCCGCUUCCUACAAUGUCGUUCCAGUCAACCAGAUCGAUAUCACCUCGGGACGAUCGCUUGUUGUGGAUCCCUACGACCGCGUUGCUUCCCCGGGUGGUUGGCACGAUGCUGGAAACGGUUCCUCUCCUACCCUGGCCGGGAACAACGUUUACGCUCAGGACAACCACGAAGGCAGCUCCCUGCCCUCCGACAUGAUUGCCCAUAGCCGUCCUUCGAGCGCCAACUACGUUUUCGACUAUCCUGUCGACUUGACGCAAGACCCGUAUCAGUCAGUCAACGCCGCCGUCACGAAUGUGUUCUACCUCGUCAACUCCAUGCAUGAUGUUUACUAUCUCUACGGCUUUACCGAGCCAUUCGGAAACUUCCAGAACAACAACUUUGGAAAGGGUGGCGCUGGCGGCGAUUUUGUCAUUGCCAAUGUCCAAGACUCCCGCUCGACGAAUAACGCCAACUUCUUCACCCCUCCUGACGGUACCUCUGGAAUUCUUAACAUCUAUUUGAGCACCAUGGCCACCCCCAGACGCGACGAGGCGUUGGACAACAACAUUGUCGUCCACGAAACCUUCCACGGAGUGUCGAAUCGCCUCACCGGCGGCUCCGCUCUUGCCAAUUGCCUCACCACCACCACUUCAAUGGGCCUUGGCGAGGGCUGGAGUGACAUGGCCGCACUCGUCAUGAGCAUCAAGCCAACUGAUACUCGCGCCACCAACUAUGCCCUCGGAGCCUGGUCCUUCAAUCGCCCGAACGGUAUCCGCACCUAUCCCUACUCGACCUCGUUGACCACCAAUCCUACGACUUACAAGCUCACUGGCGUGUAUCAAGAAGUGCACAAGAUUGGUGAAAUCUGGACGUCGCUCCUCCUCGAGGUGUACUGGAACCUCGUUGACCAGUACGGCACGUCGUCGGAUAUCAAGGCUUACAGCAGCGGCAAAGGCAACACCAUAUUUUUCCAAUUAGUUAUCGAUGGCCUGAAGAAUCAACCUUGUAACCCAAACUUUGUCAACGCAAGAAAUGCGAUCCUCCUGGCCGACCAAACGAACAACAAAGGCGCCAAUCAGUGUCUCCUCUGGAAGGGAUUUGCUAAGCGUGGCUUGGGAUAUUCUGCCACCACCAGCGCUGUUGAUGCCUUUGAUCUGCCGCCAUCUUGCUCGGCCUCCCCAACCAUCCCUGGAUGCUUUGUUGAUGGCCCGUCUCGCGUUCUGGCUGCCAAGAGCACGGUCGAUCCCGCCAUGACGGUUGACAAGUGCAAUGCUUUCUGCAGUCAAAACGGCAACAAGUUGGUACUUUGGCGUUGAAAACGGAAACGAGUGCUACUGUGGCGACAGUAUCGUUACCGGUACCGGCGGCGAUGGUGGUGUCAGCGGCGUCAACGCUGCCUCAAGCUCUCAGUGCAACACCCCAUGUGCCGGCAACUCUGCUCAAACGUGCGGCGGCGCCUGGCGAAUGUCAAUCGCCCCGGUUACGACUCC